AUAACGUAAACUCGAACGAAGCAAUGAUCGGUUCCGUUGCGCUUCUGCCCUUUAAUCGCCUCACGACCACCUGUGUCCUACUAUGCGUGAUCUAUUUGCUGUCCUGCGCUUCCGGGGAGUACGAGGGUAGAGAUUUAUCAAGCAGCGUAAGCAAUGACAGGACACCGAGCAACGAAUUCGGAUCGUGCACUGACGGCAAAUGCAUCAAACGUGCCCCGCAGGAUAUCGCUAGUGGUAUGUGGUUCGGCCCACGACUCGGUCGACGACGCAGAGCAGAUCGAAAACCGGAGAUCGAUUCUGAUCUCGAAACACUCGCUAACGCGCUCGACGGAUCACGUUGGGCCGUCAUCACAAUUCCAGGAUCAGAGAAGCGACAAAUAACGCAGUUCACGCCUCGUUUGGGAAGAGAAUCAGGAGAAGAAUAUUUCUCAUAUGGAUUUCCGAAAGACCAAGAAGAGUUGUACGCGGAAGAACAGAUUUUUCCACCUUUGUUUGCACCACGUUUGGGCCGUCGAUUACCCUGGACCCCAUCUCCAAGACUUGGACGUCAAUUGCACAUUAUCGGCGACAAACCUAGACAAAAUUUUGAUGAUGCACGCUUUUAA